AUGAAAUUAGUUGAUUUUUAAAAGCGUUAAUCUAAACACAACACGGUUUAAAAUAUGAUUAAAGUUACACUUUUGUUGGGUGCCAUUUUGGUGUUGUGCACAGCGGCCGUGAUCAAAACCACGGAAGAGCGCAACUUUGUUGAAGGCUGUGAAUCGGAUACGGAACUGUGGGGUUCGGAAGAUGGCACUAAAUUUUAUUUCUGUGUUGGCGACAAUAUGGCAUUAGAGCAAUCGUGUGAGCCCGAUACAUUCUUUGUGAAAAAUGCCACCGUCUCCGGUUGUGUUCCUCUAGAUGAGGUAGCCGAUAGUUGUAUUUAUCAUGUUGUACCAGAGCCAUGUGAGGGUAUAAAUUUGUCACAACCCCAACCCCAUCCAGAUCCGACUAAAUACUACUUCUGCCCUGCCAGUGGUGCUGAUCCUAUGGAAUUGCCUUGUCCCAGUGACAAAGCCUUUGUCAAGCAAGAUGGCUACAUGGGUUGCUUUAACUGGACAAUGUGGCGUACUAUUCGAGGUUGUGAUUUAAAAGAAUAGAACAAUAAUGAAAUAUUUACAACAAUAGUACUAACUAAUUUCUAUUUUGUACAUAUUAACGAAAGCAUGACUAAGUUUUUCCUUAAUUUUUUACACCUCAAUAAACUCCUAAAUUAUUUUUGUACAAGUAAA